AUGAGCAAUGUUUUUUAUAUUGCAGAAGACGAUAACAGCCACGAAGAGGAAGAGGAAGAAGAAAGUGGAAGCAAUGAAGGCGAGGAUUUCGAUAUCAGGGACUUUGUAGUCGCAGACGAAGAAAGAAGAGGCAACGAAGACGGCGAGGAGGGGGACUUUACAAUGGAUACAGCCUCCUCCAGGAAAAUUGAAGAAGAAGAGGAUCCAGAAAAGCUGGAGGAAAAGCUAAAAAAGCUCGAGGAAGUUUUCUCCUGUGUACCGAGGGUUCUCAUUAAAAGAGUUCUUUGCCGCGAUGAUGUUAACGGAGACCUGAACUUGGCAAGUCAGAGAUUACAAGAAUUUCAGGACAUGGAAAAUCCACACGACCUCUUCAAAACCCCGACGAGCAAUCCGCCCACUGCUUGGGGUCUCCCGCCUGCACAGUUAGAAUCAGCAAACAAGGGGAGUGAAAAAUGCGAAUCACAGGGCUCUCAGAAAAAUAGAAGGAGAAGGGGAGGGAGAAGAAAGAAGAACAACUGGGAAAAUCAAAACAAAACAGAGGAAGAACAAGGAGAAAGGAAUCUGAGAAAUAGUUUCGACAGUUAUGAACCAAACGUACCGCGUGGGAACGAUCGCGGUAUAAGACAAAGAGGCCGAGUGUUUGGAGGAAGGCCAAGAGGAGGAUUUAGACCCAGAGGAGGGUUCGUCCAGGCACACGAAGAUUUCCAAGAAUACGUAGACGAUAUUCCCUAUGGAUUUCCAGUGGGUGACUACAUGUUUCAGAGCCAUAGGGGACGUGGUAACUGGAGAGGACGAUGGAAUCAACCAAAACCCCAACCCAAACCCAAGGGUCGUGGCCGCGGGAGAGGACGCGCUGAAAACGUUUUUGAAAGCGAUUCAUUUUUUCAAGGCCAACCGCACGUCUCUCAAAGGGGGCGAGGAAGAGGUCAGUUUAGACGCGGACAAGGAUGCGGCGGCCAAGGUCCAAACUGGAGACGUGAAGGUUCCGUUUCUCUAGCAGAUGAAAUAUACUAUGACGAGCUUGACUUUUCUGGUAGAGAGGAAAUUUAUGCAACUAGACGAGACCAAGGGAAAAGGGGGAGGUCUGGACCCAACAUUAAUAGAGGACGUGGCCAGUUAGGAUUAAGACGAACCCAGAGCCUUUCUAGUGGAAUGGAUAGUCAAGAUUCUCAUACAAUCGACAAUACAGGAGGAGACGCAAAGUUUGAGCCAAAGAAACUGCUUAUUGGCGGGCUGAGUGAGUCGACGACACGAGACGGAGUUUUGAACUUUAUUGAGGCGAUGAGUGGUGAAGAGGUGGAGACAGUAGAGAUGAGUAAAAGCAAAGCUCUGGUUACAAUGACUAAGGAUAUAACAAGUAAGUCCUGCUACUAAUAACAAAUGAGCCGUUUUCAGUUACGUGCCAAAAAGUAAUUCAUUAGUAAGGUCAGGCAUGCAAUAAGCUGCUCAAGUAAAUUCAAGCAACUAUGACUUAUCCUAUUAUGCUUCAAGGCUUGAUUGGCCAUCGGUAGUUCGACCGUGAGUUCGUACUGUGAUUGGCCAGUCAGUAAUUUCCUUUACUUUAGAUUUACGGCCCCGCACUCAGCCAAGAACCGUGUACUCUACCGUGUACAGAGCUCUCACGAAGAGUUCUCAUAAUACCGCUUACCUGCCUGUGAUAUAGCCACCGCUAUUGCCUUGGAUACUGUCCGAUAUGGCGAAAGAAGUUCGUCGACAACAUAGGCAGUUGUCUCCGCCGACAUGCCUACGAAGCUGACUGGAGUUCAACUUUUCCGGCAUGCCGGCGGCAAAAACCUGUGGUGGCCCUUGUUGCUGGCGGUGUAAGUGUCAGAAUAUGUAUCAAAGGCAGUACUGGGGUGCGGAAUAAUGAUAACCAGACUUUUGUCAGAUAGAACUUGAAUAGAUCCAACGUUCUCCGAUUUCCAUAGAUUAAGGCAAAUUAAAUAUUUUAAAAAAAUCAGAAAUCUAACAUCAAUAACUUACUAGAGCUAAAGGGGUUUUCGUCUCACUGGGCUUUCUGCUUCGAUAAAGUUAACAAUCCUGCAAAGUUUUUGUCCUUUCACUCUCAAGUGUGGUAAAACCAAUUAAAACCCUCAAGAAAUCUCCCGUUCCAGUAUUUCUUUUUGUGAGUGAAAGACAAGCGCAUGAUACUUCUAACGUCGUUGCUGGGACUGUAUCGCCCAGAAGACUAAGGAGAAGUUGAACUUGCAUUUUUUCAGACGUAGCUGGUUAAAAAAUUUAGAAAGAUCUGCGAGGUCCAUAUUCACACGUAAAACAACUAAAUUUAAUGAAGUGAUGGUCUAGUGGGACCUCCUGCAAUUUAGACAAUGUUUUGCCUGGAACUGAAAACCGUCUUUUGUAAUACGAGUGAUUCAUUUCCUCGCAUUUAUGACCGUGGACUAUUCUCUAGGCGGUAUGGGUGACUCAGCAAGGAUGCUAAACUCAUUAUCAGAAUCAUAUUUCAAGUGGUGCAUCAUUAGAGAGAACAAUUGGAUGAGUCUUGAAUACCCAACUUUUUAAUGUUUACUAUGAAAUAUCCCCCCCAAAACGUCUGUUUUACUCCUGAGAUCUAGACCACUCGAUCGUUCAGCAGGCAUGCAAUCUGCGUUUUUGAGUUGAACUUUUCCCUCUAGCUUUUUUCGUCUAUUACCUCGUGGAAAAUCAGUCAUAAUAAUAUAUGCCAGUAAUUUGACAUCUGUGCGAUCCAAACUUGAAUUUAAUUAAAGCAGAUUUUUCUUACACUUUAUUCGUUAGAUUUUCUUAAAAUCAAGGAGAAGGGUGAGAGAAGGGGAAUGGACUCUGCUCGGGUCACAAUCCAACGCCUACCUGUGUGCAGGAGCAUUCUUGUCAGCGGCAUUUCAGACGACACCACCCAAGAUGCCAUCGAGCUGUUCUUUGAAAGUCCAAGGAACAAUGGUGGUCCUGUGGAGACAGUGAGGUUUAAACCUGAAAGUGGUCGAGCUGUGGUAGUGUUUCAGAAUUCAUCAGGUCAGAAUUCAAUCGCCCCAUUAAUGCUCGUUGUACAUGUUUUGGUUAUAAUGGAGAAAACUACUACGUUUUGGCUUUCUCCUUUCUGGUAAAUGCAUGCUGUACCAGUUUUGAUAUUCUUAUAGCAAAAGUUAAUACAGUUGAACCUCCCGUAAGCGACCACCCAAAAUGCGAAGACUUAGUGGUCGCUUACAAGAAUCGAACCACGGGGCCGGCUAUCGUCCGAGAAGAUGUACGGACACAUCUACUUUAUGGAUAAUGAUUUAUUGCAUGCAAUUUCUAAGAUACCACACGGUUCCAUGUUGAUUCUUAAAGUCUUUGUAUAUUCUAAGUAGUAGAGUACACACAGCGAACAUAAGAGAUCAGACAAAUCGUCAAGUGGUCGCUUACAAGAGGUUAAAAACAAUUGAAAAUCAUUUAACCGUACGCCCCAAAUAUAGUGGUCGCGGUCGUUUACGAGGGUUCCAACUGUAAGGCUUUGACUGGGAAAGUUUUGGUGUUUUGGAUAGGCAGUCGCUUAUAGGAGGUUGUCUCACAUGGAGGUUCGACUUUAUGCACAAACACACACACAUACAUCCUGGCCAGAGAUCGAGGGCGCCUUAUUUCUCGAAUUUUUUUUGACUUAGUACGAAAGCAACCAUUUUUUGCUGUCUUAAAAAGCAACCAGUUUUCGAGGGAGUCAUUGUUUAACUAGCUUUCAUUUUCUAAUUAACAGAUAUGGAAAGAGUCUUAGCUAGACAGAAUGAAAGGCCACUUGUUUUAAAUAAAGCUGAACUCACUGUCAGAAUCUUUAACGAUUUACUGGAGAAUGACGAUGACGUUGCAAUUGACGUUUUGGGUGACAAGCAAAAGGAAGCGGACGACAGCCAUAGCACAUCAGCGAGGCAGCGGUUUGAGGUUAAAGCACAGGAGCUUCACAUAGCUGUGGACCCGGAUGUGAUGGAAUACGUCACAACCACAUUACUCCAUGACCAACUGAAAAUGGCGUUGGCUACGAAGACGUGUGAAAUUAAUUGGAAGCUAAACAACAAAACGGCCGUCCUAUUUUACCGCGGACAAGAUAAAAGUGAUUUGUGGCAGUCUGAAUGUAUUGAGGAGGUACAAACUUGGCUUGCGAAAUUUACAAAGCAAGAUGUUCAAGUGAACAAGGAUUUCUGGGAAGCCGUGAAAACUCAGAUAACAGACAUCCGUGCCUGUUUCGGUGUUGAACCUCCGCUGGUUAAAAUUAUCGAUGAUUCUUUCGUGGUAAGAAUUGUUUCCCUGAGUUCAGAUACAGAAGAUUUGAAAAAAAACUUGAAAGCACAAUUAGAGGACAUAUACCGGAAGGAAACCAGAAAAAUGUAUUUGAAGAAAACGGAAGUAGUUCCUGUAGAACAUUUAACUUUGUUAAAAAAGAUCCGCUUUGUGGAAAAACUUCAAGAAAAAAACAAAGAACUGGAGAUAAAAAUAGACACUGAAGAGGAGGAAAUCUACUUUGAAGGCCCACAACCACAGUUCUUGGAAGCGACUAUGAAAUUCCACAAACAGUAUUCGGGCAUGGUUGAAAAGAAAUUAAGCCUGUCAAAAAACAUUUUGGAAAUUUUGUCUUUAGAUGAAGGGCUGGAGAAAGUCAAAUGUGAAUUAGAAAACAACAACGUGGAGGCUGUAUUCGUGAUCGAUAGCGAGGCUCGGAUCAUAGGCACGUCAGCUGCGCAUGCAGACAAGGCUGCCAGUCUUGUUGGUAAGAUGACAUCGGAAGAAAAAGUCCGAGUGGAUGCCAACAGUCAGCAUCUUUUAAAAACCACAGAAUGGCGCGAACUAUGUGAGCAACUCAACACCAUCUCAACUGUCCGGGUGUAUCGGAACAACUGGAAUGACACCUACGUAUCCGGGUUCAAAGAAGAUGUGCAUGAAGCAAUAAAAACGCUAACUACGUACCUAGAUGAUAACUGUAUCCGAGAAGAGCAAAUGAAAUGUUCCUCUAAGUUAGUCCGAAAAUAUCUCUCUGAGCUUCGUCAAGAUGACUUGUCUUCAAUUGAAGUUCAGCUCAAGGACUUUGAGGUCAAGAUUCAAACAGGAAGAGGAGAUGAAUUUGUCAUUGGGGGAAACAAAGAGGGGAUAAAACGAGCGAAAAGAAAGCUGCAAGACCUCGCAGAUAGUACCGAAUGUGAGAUUUUCGACGUGAAACAGCCAGGACUUAAGAAACUUUUUGCCAGCGGAAACGGCGAGACCCUUGUAGCAACUGUGGCAAAAGAUCACGCAUGUGUUAUCCAGGUCCAGAAACAAUUUGAUGUGCAGACUCCUGUCAAAAAAUCUGAUUCAUCAAACGACGAUUACGAUGAUAGUGAGGAAGAGGAUAUGGCGGCUGCAGCCAGCAGCGCUGUUCCUUCCACUUUUGUCAUGGGAAGUGGGCACAAAAUUUCGUGGAAAUCAGGAAACAUCGUAGCUCAGCAGGUCCGUUCGGUGCCCGAAAUACUAGUAUAAACUAUGGAUUAUUUUCCUGGGCUGUUUGAAUUAAAAAAGCAUUGAAUUGACCUUGGCUGUAAAAUAAAUAACUUCUCUUCUCAGUAUUGCCACGUUGAAAGCUUUGUUCUGCUGAAAACGUAAAUGGGUUUUCAGAUUGUUGCGAAGGAGUAAUUAGUUAUCCGUAUUUAAUAAGAACAGCCCCCUCAUCGUACAUAAUUUCAUUCCCUGUCAGUAUGAAACCGACUACCCAUUUAUGAUCCAUCAUAGUCUUCAUAGACUAAAGCAAGCCAUUUAUCAACAUUUUACACGUAACCAUACUACCCGAAAAAAGGAGUGGGUUUUGUUAAAUUAUAAUACUUUAUGUGUGGGGUUUGCCGUUGAAGCCUGGAGUCCUUAGUCUUUUUCACUCGACGAGUAUCUGUAACUUUGCUGUCCUACUCUUUUUUAAGGAUCCAAAAUCCCCAACCUGUCCCAGACCUACUAUGAACCAGGAACGCCUGAUCGCUUACACGGCUCAUCAAUUUUCCAAUAAUGAUAUCCUAUUCUAGGGCAAAAUUCCCUGAGUUUUGUAGUAAGGCUAUCCCAGACUAAUUUGCAUGAAAUUACAAUUGUACCCUUCAGAGCGACACAAAUCUAUUUUCCCAAAUAUGGCAGUACGUUAGUUGUAUUGUUUUUAGCAAAAAUUUCCGUCUGUGUGACGUCCAGUUAUAACUAGCCAUCGCCAAUCGCAACAGAUACAGUCGACUCCCGCGAAUUCGAACCUUCAAAGGUUCGAGUUAUCGGGAGUUCGAGUUAUCGAGGGUAAAAUUAUAUCGAAAAUGAUCUGAAGGGAAAUGAAAAUUGCUUCGAGUUAGCUGCAAGUUCGAGUUAUAGAGGGUUCGAGUUACCGGGAGUGGACUGUAGAAGCAAUCCAGUGUACCUAAUUAAACGUGCAUGCUUACGUCGCUGUUAUUGGUAGUAUGGUACUGCAAGGCUAAAGUAAAGACGGAUGCCCAACCUUAAAUGAUAUCGCGGAGCUUUUUAGCUUUUAUGAACUCUCUUUUUUGUUUGACUUUAAUUGCAGGCCGACAUUCUGGUCAGUUCACAAGGUGCAUGCUCCCGGGCGAUCGUCAAUGUGGGUGGGCAGGCAAUGAGGCAAAACUUGGUAACUCCAAACACUGGUGACAUCGCAGUUACUCCUGGAUAUAACCUGGCCUGUAAUCACGUGAUCCAUACUAACUGUUCCAAGUGGCAUGGUGGAACGGGGGAGCAGGUAAGGAAUAAUUGGAACCCUAACUUAUUCUAAUGAACAUUAUAAGGCAUCCUAUCCAAAAAGCCACAGAGCAAGACACGAAUCAUGAGCCCUCAAUUUUUGCUUUUAACACCCUUUGUGAAACAUGUCGAAGAAAGUUUUGGUCGACACGUAUCACAUUUGGCAAUUUCACACCAGCUUGGAACUAGAUUUCCACUAUUUACCACUAGCAAAACGCCAAGGAAACUGGGCCGAGUUAAAUUUCGCAAAGACUUCUGUGGGCUGUUGUCAGGGAGAGCGAAAAAAUUGGCCAAUAGUUGACAGGUGCAUCCUUACAGCUGUCCCCUUCUCGUUUCUAAAAUGGCGAAUAGAUAGUUGAGAUAAUGUUAAUCAAUCAACUCCUUAAGGCUUUUUUCAGAUUGUUUAUCCGUACAAAACCAAUUAUUGUCAAUCGUGCAGUCAUGGUUCAUGUUUUAUUUAAGGUAUUACGAGGCAUUAUCCAAAUGUGUCUUCAGAAGGCGGAUGAACUCGGAGGAGCAUCAAUAGUCUUUUCAGUCAUAGGCACUGGAAAGCUCCACUUUCCUCAAGACAUAGCUUCCAAGAUCAUGUUGGAAGAAACCAUCAACUUUUGUCAAAAUAAUCCGUCAUCUGUGGUAAAAGAUAUUCGAUUUGCCGUGUUUCAGCAAGAUCAGGCUUUAACCGCUGCAUUUGCGCAAGAGUUUGAUAAAUUGCAAUCCAAGUACAGAAUUCGUCCCGGAUAUACUAUGGGUGGUUUUUUAAGGAAUCUGCGGUCUAAAUUAGGAAGAGUUCAUCAGAACCCAGCAAGGCCAGCCGUCGGUGUUAGUGUGGAAGUUUUGCAAGGAAAUUUGUGCCAGGAGGCAACAGAUGUCAUUGUUAACCUCAACAGCAAAGAUAUGAAUAUGGAUAGCGCCGGGGCAUUGAGCAAGGCGGUGAAACAGGCGGCUGGUCAAGUUGUUCAAGACGAGUGCUCUCAACUGGGACAUCAAACAGGUGGAUCAGUGGUAGUUACCAGGGGUGGAAAUCUUACAGCGCGUAAUAUCAUCCACUUGAUACCAGAUACUGCCGACAAAAAUCACUUGCAACAAUGCGUGGAAAAGUGUCUUGGUGUGGCAGAGACUCGUGGUUUUCAGUCCAUCUCAUUUCCAGCGGUAGGAACGGGAUCUUUUCACAUGUCAGCGGCUGAUUCAGCCAGCCUAAUAUUUCAAGCUCUCAGUAAUUUUAGUGCUCGUUUCAACGUCAUCAAAAAGGUUAGAAUCGUGGUGUUCCAAGCGCCUAUGCUUCAGGCAUUCCAACGAGAACAGCAGCGUCAUCCGCUGUAUUCUAUUCAGGGCCAUGUCUUUAAACCUAUGGCCAGGCAGGGCCUAGCCUAUCCACGUGCUAGGAGGCAGAGAGGCUUGAAUAUUAAAGUAGUAAGUGGUGAUUUAACAAAAGAGAACACAGACGCCAUUAUGAACAUUAACAGCACUGACAUGAACAUGAGCAACGCUGGUGAUCUAAGCAAAGCGAUCUUAGCAGCUGGUGGUAUGCAGAUCCAACAAGAAUGCAGUCAAUAUAGCAAUCAACCUGCUGGGACAGCGGUGAUGACUGGUAGUGGAAAUUUAGCAGUACGCCAUAUAAUCCAUAUUAUUCCAGGUAUUGGCUGAGUUUUAGUUAUUUGAUGUUGUUACGCAGGAAAUUUGACCUCCAAUAGACCAUGCAACGUAUUGUCGACCCUUAAAAAUGAUAAAAUCUACAAAAGAAAAAGACGAUUACGAAAUUUUUCUAAUUAACCACUGUCACAUUACCCAAACACACCUCAAAGCGAAAGUGGCGAAUUAUAGUGUAGCGAUAUUCUCUCAGACUCCUCACGGUCAAUGUAACCGUUACAAAAGAAGUUGCCUGUGGAGGAGGCUAUUGUCAGGGAUAGUAGGGGGAUCGAAAUACUCGAGUGCGCUUGAAAAUUGGGCCCCACGAGAAAGUUGACACAGUAGGGGAAGACAGGACUGAUAGAAACCGUUGAGCUACUUGUAAUCUCGUUUACUCCUAUCGCCAAUUGUAGUCCAACGAUGAAACAUUCCAAACCUUCAGUUUUCUUGCCGCUCUUGAGUGUAAAAUUCAACAAUAUUAUAUCACUUUUUUGUUCAUUAUUAAAUGUCAAAGUUAUUUUCAUUUUUGACUUGCAGCCUCCCAAGAUAAACAGCAUCUUCAGACAAGUUUGGAAGCUGGCCUUCGUCUAGCAGAUCAAAACAACCUUCAAACAAUAUCAAUUCCAUGUGUAGGCACUGGUGGAUUUGGUCUGACGGCAGCGGACUCGGCUCAGGUAACAUUCCAAGCUCUCAGCUCCUUAAGAGGAAGUUGUCAAAACCUUCGCAACGUGCGUGUCGUUGUCUUUCAAGCUCAAAUGGUUCAGGAAUUUUUGUUGGCGCAACAGAGACAGGCAGUGCAGGAUAUGGAUGAACAAGAGAGUGACUCCACUGCAGAUGAUGAAGUUGCUGAAAGGCCCAGAAUUGCUAGGCAAAGAAAAAAUACCGCAACUAAUUCGAGUUCAACAAGUGACCAUUCUGUGAAAAUCUUAGUGGUUGGGAAGGAUAGAGGAAGCGUCGGUAAAGCAGUAGGCGCUUUGAAGCAACGAUUCUCUGAAGCUUGCACUACUCAAAAAGUCGAAAAUGAAACCGUCAGCAAACUGUCACCAAAGCAAAUUAACAAUCUUAGAAAGAAAGCCAAAGAACUUGACGUCAAACUUGAAAUUGAGGUUGAUGUUGAUCGCAUUGUGGUGAAGGGUGGCCCAGUUGAAGUGCCUGGCAUGGUCGGGGAGAUUUGGCAGGAGAUUAACGAGAGAAAUAAGAAGAUACAGGAGGAGGAGCAAGCAAUGAUGGUUUCAAAGAGCGUAGAAUGGAGUUAUGAAAUACAAGGCGGGAAAAUGGUGUUUAGCCCGAAGGCAAACGGAAAGCUUGAGAUGGCACACAUCAAAGAACAACCAACAGUACAAAUAUCUCUGCUAGGUGAUAAAUUUGACAUUAAUUUGAAAAAUAAAACGGGCCGCGGACAGCAGAGUGGUAAAACAAUUACACUAAUCAGAAAGGUCAAGGGAGCUGAAGAAGGUUAGCACAUUCAAACACGGGAACUUAUUAAAUAAGCUCUACAAUACACUGCUUAAGUAGGGAACUGAUACAAUCAUUCCUGUAUUUGAUGCCCGACAAUAGAAAUUCAAGUCAAUAGGACGAAGAUACCAGAUCGCACCUAAUCUUUUUAAGGAUAUCCGCAAAACACAGGGUGGCAUCUGGUUAGGAGGAAGCCACUUACCAAAUCUUUGAAAGGCCUUAUUUGCCCAUGAACAGAGGUUAAUCCUUACAGCAUAGAAUGAAUUGAAGCGAGACCGUUUUCCACUGCAGAGAUCUGGGGCCGGUGGCUGAUAUAUUCCUUCAACGCUUCUCACUGUCAACCAAAACCCCCACUGACUUCCCUGAUUUUCACGGACGUCCAUCACGGGGUAUCCAGAUGAACUCCCAUGGGCGUCAACCGUUAUCCUUUUGGCUAUCUAAAUGUAAAAUCAAGAGUUCUAGUAGUCUUUUUUUUAUAAUACCACUGGAAAUUAUAAUAAAUAAAACAGACAAGGUGGCGUAUUCCUACAGUGAAAUUUUCCAUCUCAUAGCAUCCUUAGAUUCUCUUCGAAGUACGGCCAAUUGAAAACUCCCUAAACCAGUAAUGUUACUUUCCCAAAGCAAAAUAAUAUUAAGAGCACUGAUUCUUUGUCCUAAAGGAACUUCUUUUCCGAGCACGUGGGCUCCAAUGCCACGCCCUGAUAUGGAAGUACAUACUGUGACUCUGGCACCGGUCUCCUCUGAGUAUCAAAGUGUCCUGAACAAAUUUCAAGCAACCGCUAGGGGAAUGCAUAUCCAGAAAAUUGAGCGAAUUCAAAAUCCUCAUCUUUACAAGCAGUACAUGGUACGAAAGCAGAAGAUGGAUAAAGACAAUGGAGGGAACAAUGAACGACAGCUGUUUCAUGGAACCGACGCUAGAAAUAUAAGUGCUAUAAACACACAGGGAUUCAACAGGAGCUUUUGUGGGGCACAUGGUAAGUUACAACCGCUGAAAAGCAUUGUGUACUCGUAUAUUAUAAUGAGUCAGACUAAGUAUAGCAGUACCACUGUAUGUUUACAUACACAUGCACUAUUCAGAACUGACUCGACGGGUACAAUUAUAGGCACUUUUAAAGUACCCUUAAACGAUAUGAUUUAAGACAUGUAUUCCCAAGGAGAGAUAGGCUAGUUAUGUAUUCUACAACUUGAAGUAGCAUUUUGAGUGUUUGUAGGGUACUUAGUUGUUGUAGACGUCGUCAUAACACAAUCGAAUUAGACACUUACAAGUAGAGGUUUAAUUUGUGACUGUUCGAACAAAGGAAUGCCGUGACUACUACAACUAUCUCAUUAAUUGCGUUUUUUGGUUUGUUUUUUUUUUCUAGGAACUAAAUAUGGACGCGGUGUGUAUUUUGCCAGAGAUGCUUCUUACUCAGCUGGAUAUGCAGGAAGUGGCAUUGGGGGCCGCUUUAUGUACCUUUCCCGGGUCCUGGUUGGGAAAUAUUGUGCAGGCAACUCUAGUAUGAUCGUUCCACCACCAAAGGACCGUUACAGACCAGAGAUUUUGUACGAGUCAGUGGUUGAUAACCCAGCAAAUCCGUCCAUCUUCGUUGUUUUCUACGAUACUCAAUGUUAUCCUGAAUAUCUCAUAACCUUUUAAUCGUUUUGCUUUACUUCAGCAGAUAAAAACGAACUUAAAGAUAAUCUAGAGUGUAUAGCUCUUUCUUUAUUUACUUAAGAAAUCACUGUUUAUAGAAUUUAAUUAAUUGCAAUUUUAAUGACAACAGCAAGGUUGUAAGAAGAAGUUCAGUGUUAGCCAUCUCUAAAGCCAUGUAGAUAUGUGGUAAGAGUGUAGUUUUAGCGGUUUUCAUCGUCAAAGAAAACUGGUUCAUGCUUAGGCUUAGGGGCUUAGGGUGUGUAUAUGGAGUUUAAUAGCUGAUGCACAAAGGAAGUUUGGAAAGCACGAAAGAAGCGUAGGUAUUACGAGUUGCUAAUUGGUUAUUACGCCUCGAGCAAUUGUAACUUCUUGAUUACUCUCCUCUCAACAUGCAGAGUUGCCUACUUAAUCAGGUUCUGAUAUAUAAAUUUCCAAAAUGCGCCGGCUCUCAGUCUGAGCUAGUUCGUUUAACCACUUUUGUUCUUCGUUCAUGUUUGAUUGCAAAGAAGUUUUAAUCUUUGAAAUGUCAGAAAGUUCUAUACUGUUUUCUUUUUUAUAGAAAUACUUUGUGGAAAUCAAGCGACGCAAAUCCAGGUUGUAUUAGACACAACUGAGUAUGUUAUCUCAUGAUAUAGUCAUACGGCCGUGCGUACAUUGUACUUCUAGAUCAGAGUUAUUGUGGUUCAAUACAGACUUACUUGCCCUAUGUAUUACAUGUAUUUUUAGUACAGGGGCUAGCGGGGCUAAAGGCAG